AUGCAUGCAGGCCCCAAAGCGCUAAUUGGAUUACUAAGACUUCAAAUAUGGACCGCAAAUGCUCGUCGCAUCACCACCAAGGUGGUCAAAAAUUGUGUUCAUUGUUGCCAUUACAAGCCCAGGCUAAUGCAACAAAUUAUGGGAUCCCUGCCAGCGGAAAGGCUGACCCUAACCAAGCCGUUUGCCAUCUCAGGAGUAGAUCUAUGUGGACCAUUUUCUACCUCCUAUCGGAUUCGUGGAAAGGUUCCAUAUAAAACUUAUAUGGCCGUAUUCAUCUGCUUUGCGACCAAAGCAGUUCACGUUGAACUUGUAUCAGACCUCUCCACUAAUACCUUUGUUUUAUGUUUAAAGCGCUUCGUUGGACGCAGAGGACUUCCAGAGAGCAUUUGGUGCGACAACGCAACUAAUUUUGUUGGUGCUCAUUCCCAACUCGAAGAAUUCAGGAAGCAGCUCUUCAGUCAGCAGGCGCUGCAAGACCUACAAACGUUUACCGCUUCAACAGGCGUCUCGUUUCAUUUCAUCCCUCCCCGUGCGCCGCACUUCGGCGGGCUCUGGGAAGCGGCGGUGAAAUCGAUGAAACAUUUGCUGGUGAAAAACAUUGGCAAUUCUGGUCUUACAUACGAGGAGCUGCAAACUGUUGCCAUUGAGGUCGAAGCAGUUCUUAACUCGAGACCAAUAUCGCCGAUAUCCGAGGAUCCGAACGACGGAGAGGCUCUAACCCCAUCACAUUUUUUGUUAGGUUCGUCUCUAAAGGCGCUUCCGGAACCAUGUCUGGAGGAUCGAAAUUCCAACAGUCUGACUCGCUGGCAGCGCGUCACAUACCUCAAGCAGCAGUUUUGGAAGCUCUGGCGACGGGACUACCUUCACACGUUGCAACUUCGAAGCAAAUGGUUGACGCCGCAAGCCAACAUCACGCCUGGACAGCUAGUGAUCAUCCAUGAUGACAACACUCCACCUCAGCAGUGGCCUCUCGGUCGAAUCUUAAACACUUGUUUUGGAGCUGACGGAAAGGUCAGAGUUGUCGACAUAAAGACGAUGAAAGGAGUUACUCGCCGACCCAUCUGCAAAAUUGCGCCGCUCCCAGUUUAA